ACUUUUUGCAUAUUUGUGCCGGAAUCCAUAUGAAAUUGAUUGUUAUACCUGCAUAACCCCGCCUCCUUCUUCUUCAUCUUCUUCAUAUGAGGUUUUAUGGCGAACCAGCUUCCGGUGCAUUACCGCCGCCUACUGGACUGGAGUGUGAAACAUCCGUCCGUCUCCCUGGUUACCUACGUAAGCGUUAAACACCUGCAUGAGCGCGCGCACCUGUUUCAUAUCGGCUCACGUGAACUUUACCUGACUGACUUUAUUUUCCCUCGCUAAAGCUCUGAGCACUGCUACAGCAUUGGUGUUCUUAGCUCUAGUAUUAUUUAAACCCUUCAUAAUGGACCACCACAUCGCUCUGAUGAUUUUAAUCAUGCUUCCUUGUGGAGUGUCGGCAGGUGAGUUUUUUUCUUAACCUCGCUGUAGUUCCGUUAGCCAACAACAACAACAACAACAACAACAACCACCACCACCACCGGUAACGACAAGACUGAAAGACUCUGUCAGAGAACUCAUCUGGUUGCUUAAGCAGUACAACAUCUUCAUUGUUGCCCUGAAUGAGAGCAGGCUCUUUUAGGAUGAAGGUUUCCUAAAAGAGGAAGCAAUAGGCUACACCUUUGCUCAGAAGGAAAUCCUGCUGGUGGAUCUUCACAGUGUGGGAUUGGCAAUCAGAAACACACCCCUCCCCAUGUUCCUCUGACCUCUGUCUGUUCUGAGCAUGAGCAGGUCAUCACAAACAGACUGCUUUAGUCACUGUGACUGGUUUGUUAAAUUGGUUUGUCAAAUUUAACAUGAAAAUUCUUUCCAAAGAAAUCCUUAACAAAUAUUCAGAUUCAUGUUAUGUCAGAGUAUCCAGAGAUUUUGAACAAAGCAGUAAGAUUUCUGACGCAGAUUCCAACAACGUAUCUUUGUGAAACUGGAUUUUCUACAUCUAUGCCACGCAAAACGAAAUAUAGGAAGAGGCCGAGGGUUUUCCUAGACCUCCGUUUGCAGCUUUUCUCCCAUCAGCCUGACAUCCAGCACUUGGUAUCUGUCAAACAACAUCAACUCUCAUUAGGUUAAAUACUAUGGUGGGCCGCAGCAUUCAACGCAUUGAAUGUUCCCAGGAGCACAGUGGGCUACAUCAUUGCGAAAUGGAAGACGUUUGGAACUACAAGGACUUUACCUAGAGCUAGCCGUCUGACCAAACCCAGUAACCGGGCUAGAAGGGCCUUGGUCAGGGAGGUGACCCAGAACCCAAUGGCCACUCUAACAGAGCUUCAGAAAGGAACCUGAUGGAAAGGAAAACCAUCUUAGAAAGGACUCAGAAAGCAUGCGCAAAAAGAUUCUCAGGUCUGAUUUGGAAAAACUCUUCAAAUUCCAAGCACUAUCUCCUGUGAAUCCAGGUACUACUCAUCAGCUGGUUAACACCACUGCAUGCAAAAGGGGUGCUUCUAAGCUGCAGGGAUGGGAAGUCUGUUCAGAAUUGAGGUAAGAAUAAAUACAGAGUGUUCCAUGAAGAAAACCUGCAUCAGGGUGCACACAACCUCAGACUGGGGCGAAGGUUCACCGUUCAGCAGGACAACGACCCGAAGCAUACAGCCAGAACAAUGCUGGAGUGGCUUUGGGGCAAGUCUCUGAAUGUCCUUGAGUGAUUCAGCCAAAACCCAGCUUUGAACCCUGGAGAACUUGUGUAGAAAGAGCUGAAGAUGUCAGUUAACAGUGAACUGAAUGAGCUUAAGAUGAUCUGCCAGGAGGAAUGGGAAAAAUGACACAAAAAUCCAUGUGUGCAAAAGCUGUAACUGCUUCUAAAGGUGCUUCUACAAAGUACUGAAUGAAGGGUCUGAAUAAUUAGCUAAAAAAGAUUUUAGUUUUAGAAUUUUAAUAAAUCUGCAAAAAAAAAAAAAUCUUAAUUUUUAAAAUCUAAAAUCUUUUUUUUAAACUUUGUCAUUAUGACAUAUUUUAUAGCUAUUACUGGACAAAAAACAGCUUUUAAUUUAAUUUGUAACAAGUUAUAAAUUUAUAACAAGUUGUUUAAAAAGUGAAUGAGAUCUGAAUACUUACUUUCCAAACCCAUUGUACAUAUAUUUUUGCCAGUUACAUUCAACUUUAGUCAUUUCAAGUUUCUUGCAUGUGAAGACAUCACUUAAACCACAGGUCUUAGCUCAAACAUAUGCAGCAACUGUCCAUUUUUAUCUUUUGAAUGUUUUCCAACCACAGACCUGACACUUGGUACAUUUGAAUGCAUAACACUUGAACUGUGAAAACUGACAGUUUCACCUGUGGCUCAUCUGCUUCUGACCACCAGCUGCUUUCAUACACUUUUUUUUUGCAACUAUUGCAUUUGCAGAAAAAACAAAAAAACAAGCUUGAAAGAUUAUGUUCCUGAUUUUUGUUAAAAUGAAGUCUGAAUGUCGAUUGCUGUGCAACAUUUAUGGAGCAGUUCACACUACUGAUGGCUAAAAUGGCUAUAUUAGUUAUAUUAGUUUGUAAAAGUAAAUAAAAAGAGGUCACUGUAAGGUGCUGCAAUAAACACUGAGCAAAAGGCUUUUCCCCCAUAAUACAUUAGAGUGAGAGCACAGGGCUGCAAAAGGAAUUUUCUGAAUAAAAGUCUUUGAUAAAGCCAGAAGUGAAAAGCUGUGUUGGUUACUAUAAAAUUAAUCAUUCAUUCAUUCAUUCAUUCAUCUUCAUUAAGCACUUUAUCCUGGAUCAAACCCCGGACCCUGGAGCUGUGAAGCAGCAACACUUCCUGCUGUACCAUCAUGCUCUCACUGAGUAUUUAGCAAUCUGAAAUAAUUCCUGCUACAUAUAAACCUAAAAUAAUAAGUGGAAUAUAGAAUAUGAGGUUCUUACAGAUGCUAUCAUAUAAAAAUAAACUAGGGUAACAAGGUAACAAGGUAAACUUGGCAGUUCAUUGGAAUGAACAUCAUUAAGUCAGCUGACCUUCUACUGAAAUGUGACGUGUGUGUGUGUGUGUGUGUGUGUGCGUGUGUGUGAAAAGAUCCACACCCCCUACACACAGAUAAAGCAGCAUAUGAUUUGCUCAACAGAUUGUUUCCUCUUUGUCUCUCGGCUGAUACACAAUGGUUCAGUUUUUAACUCUGCAUGUGUUUCUCUGUGCCAUGGGUUUGCUCUCAGAGACUCUGUGCUCUUUAACUUUGGAGGCAGAAGCUGGAGAUAAUGUCACUAUUUGGUGCCAACAUGAUCUGACUGAUCCAGGUUACAUCUACUGGUUUAAACACACGAGUGAUUCAGUUCCACUUCUUCUUGGGUGCAAAAAGUUUAGGACAUCAGCUCCAUCACAAUCGUGUUACUUCUUUACUGAAAGUGAGAGAAUAGUGAUGUCUGUUCAUGGCAAGAACACGUCUCUCACAGUCACUGCAGUAAAUGUCUCUGAUACAGGACUCUAUUACUGCAGCUUCAGUGAUAAAAUGAUCUUUAGCAACUCGACGUCUUUACAAGUGAAAGGUUCAAACUCUUCUGCUGUGUUCGUCAUGCUGAAUGUGGUGUUUGGUGCCGUGAAUGUGAUUCUUCUGAGUGUCCUGAUCUUCAUCAUACUGAAGCACAGAAAAGCUGAGAGAGGUGCUGAAGCAGAAGCUAAUGAGGUUGCUGACUCGGACUCGGUGCAUUACGCUGCACUUCACUUCUCUAAGAAUAAAACCAAGAGAAUCAGGAGACAUGAUGAAAAGGUGGAUCAACAUGUGGUAUAUUCUUCAGUCGGACAGAGUAAUGUGUGUACGUAAUGUGAAAUAUCAUUUACUGUUUAUUUAAUAUGAAACAGAUGUUUCUGAUGGUCCAUGUUUGGAAGAACUAUAUCAUUUGUAACAUCACAUUUACAAAAUGUAAUAUAAUAUAAUAUAAUAUAAUAUAAUAUAAUAUAAUAUAAUAUAAUAUAAUAUAAUAUAAUAUAAUAUAAUAUAAUAUAAUAUAAUAUAAUAUAAUAUAAAAUGAUAUAAUAGCUUCAGGAUUCUGCACAUUUAAUUUUUACUCUAAACCUUGUAUCAGGUCUCUCAGUUUAUAUCCAGUGUCAUAAAAUAUUCAAGGGUAAAUACAGUCAGGUCCAUAAAUAUUGGGACAUCGACACGAUUCUAACAUUUUUGGCUCUAAACACCACCACAAUGGAUUUCAAAUGAAAUGAACAAGAUGUGCUUUAACUGCAGACUGUCAGCUUUAAUUUGAGGGUAUUUACAUCCAAAUCAGGUGAACGGUGUAGGAAUUACAACAGUUUGCAUAUGUGCCUCCCACUUGUUAAGGGACCAAAAGUAGUGGGACAAUUGGCUUCUCAGCUGUUCCAUGGCCAGGUGUGUGUUAUUCCCUCAUUAUCCCAAUUACAAUGAGCAGAUAAAAGGUCCAGAGUUCAUUUCAAGUGUGCUAUUUGCAUUUGGAAUCUGUUGCUGUCAACUCUCAAGAUGAGAUCCAAAGAGCUGUCACUAUCAGUGAAGCAAGCCAUCAUUAGGCUGAAAAAAACAAAACAAACCCAUCAGAGAGAUAGCAAAAACAUUAGGCGUGGCCAAAACAACUGUUUGGAAUAUUCUUAAAAAGAAGGAACGCACCGGUGAGCUCAGCAACACCAAAAGACCCGGAAGACCACGGAAAACAACUGUGGUGGAUGACCGAAGAAUUCUUUCCCUGGUGAAGAAAACACCCUUCACAACAGUUGGCCAGAUCAAGAACACUCUCCAGGAGGUAGGUGUAUGUGUGUCAAAGUCAACAAUCAAGAGAAGACUUCACCAGAGUGAAUACAGAGGGUUCACAACAAGAUGUAAACCAUUGGUGAGCCUCAAAAACAGGAAGGCCAGAUUAGAGUUUGCCAAACGACAUCUAAAAAAGCCUUCACAGUUCUGGAACAACAUCCUAUGGACAGAUGAGACCAAGAUCAACUUGUACCAGAGUAAUGGGAAGAGAAGAGUAUGGAGGAGGAACGGAACUGCUCAUGAUAAGCAUACCACCUCAUCAGUGAAGCAUGGUGGUGGUAGUGUCAUGGCGUGGGCAUGUAUGUCUGCCAAUGGAACUGGUUCUCUUGUAUUUAUUGAUGAUGUGACUGCUGACAAAAGUGUUUCGGGCAAUACUAUCUGCUCAUAUUCAGCCAAAUGCUUCAGAACUCAUUGGACGGCGCUUCAUAGUGCAGAUGGACAAUGACCCAAAGCAUACUGCAAAAGCAACCAAAGAGUUUUUGAAGGGAAAGAAGUGGACUGUUAUGCAAUGGCCAAGUCAAUCACCUGACCUGAAUCCGAUUGAGCAUGCAUUUCACUUGCUGAAGACAAAACUGAAGGGAAAAUGCCCCAAGAACAAGCAGGAACUGAAGACAGUUGAAGUAGAAGCCUGGCAGAGCAUCACCAGGGAUGAAACCCAGCGUCUGGUGAUGUCUAUGCGUUCCAGACUUCGGGCUGUAAUUGACUGCAAAGGAUUUGCAACCAAGUAUUAAAAAGUGAAAGUUUGAUUUAUGAUUAUUAUUCUGUCCCAUUACUUUUGGUCCCUUAACGAGUGGGAGGCACAUAUGCAAACUGUUGUAAUUCCUACACCGUUCACCUGAUUUGGAUGUAAAUACCCUCAAAUUAAAGCUGACAGUCUGCAGUUAAAGCACAUCUUGUUUGUUUCAUUUGAAAUCCAUUGUGGUGGUGUAUAGAGCCAAAAAUGUUAGAAUUGUGUCGAUGUCCCAAUAUUUAUGGACCUGACUGUAAUAUAAUAUGAUAUAAUAGCUUCAGGAUUCUGCACAUUUAAUUUUUACUCUAAACCUUGUAUCAGGUCUCUCAGUUUAUAUCCAGUGUAAUAAAAUAUUCAAGUGUAAAUAGAUACAUGUCUUUAUUUCUUGCUUGUUUCUAAGAAAAUAACAGAUUUGUAGAAGCUCUGACAAUAAAAACUGUACUUUGUAUUAAACACUAAUUGAUAUUGUGUGUAAAAAUGUAUCCUCAUGUCCCAUAAAGUGAAGUUCAUCUAGUCAUCUUGUCAGUGAAAUAGAAAUAUUUGCUAUUCCAGCUUUUCCAAGUGGAAUCUCAGGAGUCUGAAAUGGUUUAUUUCAUUUCUGGAUUUGGUUCUUUUUCAGUGAAACUGAGUCGUUAAUGUGUAAGUAAUUAUGGUGAAUAUUGUUCAAGUGGGACACUUUUGAAAAGGUGACUUUUUCUGUCAAUUUUUACCCUCAUCCCAGUGUCAUAUCAUCUAACAAGAUAUCUUUAUUAAAAAGCUUAAAAUCUCCCUAACACUAUUCAAAAGUGAACAUCAAGAAAUAUCCAACACAGGUAAAACUUUUUAUAAUCUCUGUUUAUCAG